GCAAAGUAGGGCUAUACAAUGUAUAAACACCUAGGAACCUUCUUGAAUCCUGAAGAGCCAUCAGAAGACGGACUGCUGUCAGACAGUGCAAAUGCUACUGAGGACUGUCUUGGUGAUUUUCCAAAUUCUUCAUCAGAAGAGCAGUUGCUGGAUACUGCAUUUCAAGCAUGCGAUACAGAGGGAAAAGGAGAAGUGACAGUGUAUCAAAUCAUUGACUACUUGAAGAGUGUAACAGAUCAAACUUGUGAUGGAGACCGUCUCCAACACCUUUGUAAGAUGCUGGAUCCUGAAGAUCAGGGAAGAUCGUUAGAUUUGCCAACGUUCCGUAGGCUCAUGAGUGAGUGGAUUGCCAGCUGCUGCAAUGACAGAUAUGUUACUGAAAAGGUGGAAGAUAUCAAAUCUGAAAGUGGUUCAUAUUUACCAUGUGCAAAUGUAUUUGAGCAUGGAGCAGAGCAUGAAGGUUAUGGCGGCGGUGAUGUUAAUAAAUUCUUGGGAGAACAUGCAUAUUUCGUCAGCAAAAUCAGAGACCUUAACUUUGCUAACAAGAAGCUAAUGGAUCAGAAAAUUAAGCUUCAGAAGAGCUUAGAAACCGCAGAUGAAACAAACUCUCACUUGAUUGAGGAAAUAUCUGAAGUGAAGAGCAAACUGAAAAUUUCCCAGCAGGCGGUGUCUCAUUCAAGAUCUUUAAGCAACGAGCUGGAAGACCUGAAGGCUUAUACCAAGAGUCUAGAAGACAAAAUUUCUGCCUUUGGUUCACAGAAGGAAGAAUUGGAAAAGGAUAAUUUGUCACUUAGCAAUCAAAGAGAGAUGCUUCAGGAAGAGAUUUAUAACCUGCUUAUUGAAAAAGACAAAUUAAAGGGGAACAUCGAUAGCCUAACUGCUGAAAAGGGAAAGAUGGGGCACCAGAUCUCUGAAUACAAAAGACUUAUCUCGCAGAAGGAGAUGCUUCUGGAAGAUAGAAAUGUUCAGUCACAUCGACUUCAGAGCAUCUUAGAAGAACACAGACUUCAGGUACAGGUGCUUAAAAGAGAAAAGCGACUAUUGCAUGAACAGCUGUUACAGCCAAACAAAGACAACAUGUUCUUGCAUCAAAGUGUUUCAGUGAAACAACUGCCUCUGCCAGUGCAGUCAGUACAUAGGGAGCUGGAGGAGAUACAAGAGCAGAAGAAAUGUUUUAAGACUGAGCUCCUAAGCCCUAUAUGUGGAAUAUCUCAGGCCACAGGCUCCCAUAUGCUCUGCCCCAUUCAGGACGCUGACAUGACAUCUGAUGAUGCCUGGGCUAUAACUGAGUUACUGCUUGUACAGCUUAAACAGGGCACAGAGGCUCUUAUUACGUCCGUUCAUGAAAUGGCUUCAUCUGAUCAUUCAGUCUCAUAUCUGUAUGAGAAGAGCAGCCAUUUCUUGCAGGAACUCAACUACCUGCUUGAGCUGAAGAACAUUUGGGAAAGGCAGUCGGGCAGUUUAAGCGGAGCCCUGCAGCUGUACACAGGGAAGGAGACGAGGAAACCGGACACACAUGAGUUCCCUGCUACCAAAUGGAUAUGCACAGAUAUGUUAGACACACCGACAGUGCCCUACAUGCAGCUGCAGAACAAGAGCUCAAUCUGGCUAACUGUCUUGCUUCUUGGCACACUGAUGUUUUGUCCGGCGUGGGCAGGGGAGCACAUCUGGACUGUAUUAAAAGGAGAGUUGUGGCCUCAUCUGGACUUGCAUUACCCUUCUCCACCUCCAGUUUAA